AUGCUCCUGAGGUUGAGGAAACGCGGUUGGUGCCACCUGCGUCUUGGUGACGACAAAUCCAUCACUCCAGCCACCAGGGCUGUGGAUGCUGGGCCUUCAGGAGACGGCAACGGCGGCGGCGGCAGCGGCGCCAGUGGCAGCGGUGCAUAUGGCACCAUGCAGCAGCGCUCAUCAGCGCCUUACUCAGUUGCCUCCUCGCUCGCUGCCUUGGCAGGAAAACGGUCUUCUCGGGAGCGGUCCAACACGGGGUCAGAAAUGGCCGAGAGAGGCUUUGUCCGGGUGUCUGGGAAGAAGCUGCCGCCCGUGCUCCAAUAUGGAGGCGAUGGAUAUUCGGAUCCCCGCGACCGAAGCAGUCUCAAUAGCGAUGCCACGGUCUACCGGGACUCGAUGGCCAUUUUCAACCAGUCCAGCACCCCUCAGCGCCUGGCUCUUGGCUCUCCUAUGCGGCCAGAGAGCGGUGUCAUGGUCUACAACCCAGGGCCGGCGAAGACGCCUGUCACGGGCGAAGUACCGAAGACGAUCGACUCACCGACACUCCCGCGGAACUCGACGCUUCCGCCGCCCGACGACAUUGGCAGAACUCUUGCAGCCCAGGACCACUCCCGCGACGGCGCGGCCUCCCGAACAUCGCGGGGAUCGGCCAGGUUCACCGAGCAGCUCUCCUGA